GAGUUCACGCCCCCUAAAACCCCUCCUUCUACUGACACAGUAAAUAUGCGGGGUAUGUGGCGUCGCAGCGUCAGUGUAGUAAAGUGUGUUGCAGAGGAGACUUUUCUGGAUACACAGUGAACACAUUCAUCUGGAGACCAGCCAUCUCUACAUCCACACUUCACCUGCCUUUAACAAACCUACGCCAAGAAACACAAACAAUGCCAAACUGGGGAGGAGGCAACAAGUGUUCAGCGUGCCGUGGGACCGUUUACCACGCUGAGGAAGUGCAGUGUGACGGGAAGAGUUUCCACAAAUGCUGUUUUCUCUGCAUGGUCUGCAAGAAGGGCUUAGACAGCACCACACUGGCUAUCCAUGGCCAUGAGAUCUACUGCAAGUCAUGCUACGGGAAGAAGUACGGCCCUAAAGGCUACGGCUACGGUCAGGGGGCGGGGACGCUCAACAUGGACCGAGGAGAACGGCUGGGAAUCAAACACGAAGAGACACAGACUCACAGACCGACCACCAACCCCAACCCGUCCAAAUUUGCCCAAAAGUUUGGAGGUGCAGAGAAAUGUGCCCGGUGUGGAGACUCCGUCUAUGCAGCUGAGAAGAUAAUGGGUGCAGGCAAGCCGUGGCAUAAGAACUGCUUCCGCUGUGCAAAAUGCGGCAAGAGCCUGGAGUCGACCACUCAGACUGAAAAAGACGGAGAAAUCUACUGCAAAGCGUGUUACGCCAAGAACUUCGGGCCCAAAGGUUUCGGCUACGGCCAGGGAGCCGGUGCUCUGGUUCACGCUCAGUGAAGACUCACACAGACAGACAGACAGACAGACAGACAAUCUCCCCUUUUAUACAUUCCUGAACAUGAACAUAAAGCAGCCCUUCUCUUGUUUUCUCCCUGCUCCUCUUUGAAGUAGGUUCUCAUGGUAUAAUAAAUAAAAACAUUAACAAACCGCUUGUUCACAUUUGACUGUAUUUUAUUAUUAAAGCCAUUAAAACUGAACCAUGCCCAUUAUGUUUACAUCUGAAGCGGAGUUACAGUGAUGUCUGAAGGUGGGCAGAGAGGCACUGGAGAUGAUUAUGUGCUUUAUCUUUU